CGCAGCUGUUUGUCAUUAGAUUCUGGAUUCUAAUUGAAACACCGGUGUCGGCGAAGGAACAAGGCGGAGAAGAACAUGUAUCAUCCGUCUAGAGGCGGCGUUCGCGGUGGUCGCGACCAGUUUAGCUGGGAUGAUGUAAAAGCGGAUAAGCAUCGUGAGAAUUAUAUUGGACACAGUGUCAAUGCUCCAGUUGGAAGAUGGCAGAAAGGCAAAGAUCUUUUUUGGUAUGCACGUGACAAGAAAUCUCUACAAAUGGAUCCAGAUGCAGCAAAAGAAGAGAUAAGACGGAUCAAAGAGGAGGAGGAGAAAGCCAUGCUGGAGGCUUUAGGAUUAGCUCCCAAACGUGCUGCCCAACAUCAAGGUAACAGGCUAGACAAGCAUGAGUUCUCUGAGCUGGUGAAACGAGGCUCUACGGCAGAUGACCUGGGAGCAGGCCAUGCUGAAGCUGCUCAUGUUCAAGGCCUUGGGUUUUCAAGAGGGCAUCAGCCAUGGAAGGAAUCAUCAAGUUCUGGGCCUAUUGUGUCAUCUAGCGAGAUGCGGGAGCCUUCUGAGACCAGAAUCGGGCCCAAGCUGGAGGAAUCCAUAACGAAGGAGGAAGAACGGUCAAAAGAUGAAAGAAGCCAAAAGAAGAGACAUCAUGAAGAUAAGAAACGGGAGAAGCAUGACAGGCACGAGAAACGACAUUCCCGUAACUCAGAUGGUGAAAGGAAAAGACAUAGGAGGGACAAGGAGAAGAGAAGACAUGAUUCUGAUUAAGUUGCCUUUGACGUGUAUGUAUAAAGUCAAUAUCAAAACAUUCCUACGGAGAAACCAAACAUUCCUACGAGUACAUUAUGUGUGUUUUAUGGUAUUUUGAUUACGCUUCUCAAGUUCCGGAAUUCAAAAUAUUUUGAGUUGAAUUGUUUUUCUUAUCGCCUUAGCAUUAUGGUUGAUGAGGAGGUCUAGACAUUCAUGUUUUCUUGAACGGUUGGACGUAAAGUAACACAGCGAGAAGUUGGUGUGAAGACAACUACUCAGUAAAUUGAAUUUGAAUUU